GUACAAUGUUCACAAUCUCGUUAUGGUGGACAUUUAUCAAUUCGCGUUGAUCCGCUUCGCACAGGACUAAAAUUUAUGGUUGCGCAUACGGUAUCCCAGAAAAGCAAAGAAUACAAUCGUGAUGAAGUGGAAAAGGAAUUAGCAAAACUUAGAGAGCAAGAAAAUGAGGUGAAAACUGCUCGUGAAAACUUGUGCAGCGAUGAAAAAACAAUUGCAAAAGGGCGCGAAAGAUGUCGCAGAAAAAUGGAUGAAUUUUUGAAAAAGAAGGGAACACGUAACGUCAUUGAGCAGCAAUUGCGAUCAAAGCUAGCAAAAUUGCAUGUCAUGGAAAAGAAUAAACCCGAUUUGGACACCGCCAAAGAAACGCUGGAGAACGCAAACACGAAAAUCAUUGAUGAUACAUUUCUGCGCGCCGGAAAAAUUGCGGCGCUUCUGAGAAGAAAUAAAGCACAAAUCGCGAGCGCAUUCUGUGCAUUUUUGGAAAUGAGAGCAGCCAACGUAAAGUGUAAAGAAUUCAUGGAACGGGUGGAGCAGUUUAAAAUAGAAUAUGAUUGUGCUUGGGUUAGUCGUUUGAAAUUUUUGAAACUUUUUUUGUGGUGA